AUCGCUCAUGUCCAAAAACAAUAACUUUAUUUUUGUUCUGGUCUUUUGAAUUCUUCUGGCAUAUAAGAAACAUAAAAAGGUUCUUGUUUUAGUAUAACAUUUUUUCAAAUAAUGAACAUUUCAGAUGGCACAAUACAUAAAUCAGAAAAAAGGGAGUUGGCUGAAAUACAAAUUUUGCGUCACAUAAACAGAUAAACCGGAAACAAAGUGUUUGUAUAGCAGCAAGCGUGGGAACAUCCUGGUCUUGUUGAUAUAUUUUAUACCUCUUUAACUUUAGGCCAAUUUUUUUGCCUUAAAGUGACCCCAUGAGUCUGCAACUGCUGGUCGCCACAACUCAAAACCCUGUGGUUCGUUCAAAUGACGCUGUGGAGUCACGUUGGAUUCAGACCAGAGACCCUAAUUGAAAAAGAUGUUAACAUACUUAACACCUUGCUACCCACAGGAGAGUUAACUGUUACUGUUCUCAGAUAUGACACAAUUCCAAAAAUUCAAAGUAAAAAGAACUCUAUAUAUUAUUACAUAAUAGAUAUCCAUAUACAUGAAGUUAAAACUAAAGGGGGAAAGGAUAACAGACGUUAGGUUGUUUCUUGUAGGCUACAUGGAGAGCUUUCAAGGACUGAGUGUAAACUUGGAUUUCAUUAUAAUAACAUACUUAGAUGAAUGUUUUUAAAAUAUAUGGUCAAUUAAAUAAAUGUCAUGAAUAGAGAGUUUUUUUAAAUGAGGGGUAUUUAACAACAUGCAGAUGUCACUAAAUUCCACACACAACCUUUAUACUACGAGAUUGAGGUUGUAAUGACAGCAGUGUUGCUGCAGAGGGCAGCAGCCGCCCUGAGAGCGCAGGAGGACGCAGAAGAAGAACAUGUAGCGACUGGAGGAGGAAGUGUUGUUUUUGAUAAACAAAGGCUCGAGAUCAGAAGACAAACAGCGUCAACACGUCAUCAAACCUGACGAAAACAAAGCUAAUGCUUUAACCGGACGAACAGGAAGUGGUUUUGUUCGCCCACAGCUGAACAUGUCCGCUGACAGCCCCGCGGCGCAGUGUUCGGCUGAUCGCGGCUGUAAAGAUGGAGACCAGCCGCUGGCUUUGUGUCAACGUGAAGGGGGAUUUAAACCGGUGCCGGGGGUCACCACGACCCCCUCCCCCUCCUCCUCGUCCUCCUCCUCCAGGUUCCUGCAGGUGGAGCUGGAGCUGAACACCCACCUCCGCCGGCUGACCUUCAGCGAGCCGGUCCGGUACAUCUACAACCCGCUGGAGUACGCCUGGGACACGCACCGCUGCUACGUGGAGAAGUUCUGUCAGCCCGGGCAGACGGUCCUGUUCCUGGGCAUGAACCCGGGACCCUUCGGCAUGGCGCAGACUGGGGUCCCCUUCGGUGAAGUGAAGACAGUGGUUGAAUGGCUGAAGAUCGAAGGCGAGGUUGGUCGUCCUCAUGACGAGCAUCCGAAGCGACGGAUCACGGGUCUUGCCUGUACCCAGAGGGAAGUGAGCGGUGCACGUUUCUGGGGCUUAUUCAGAAAGCUGUGCGGUGAACCUGGGCUCUUCUUUCGUCACUGCUUUGUGCACAACCUUUGCCCGCUGAUUUUCAUAAGCGCCAGCGGGAAGAAUCUGACUCCCCCCGAGCUUCCUGCAGCUGAGCGGGAGGCCCUCCUCGCCCUGUGUGACAUAGCACUGUGCCAGGUGGUGGAGGCGCUGGGUGUCUCCAUGGUGAUCGGGAUUGGAAGGGUAGCAGAGCAGCGGGCGCGGCGAGCUCUCUCUGCUGCCGGUGUCAAUGUGCGAGUAGAGGGCAUCAUGCAUCCGUCACCUAGGAACCCACUAGCUAAUAAGGGCUGGGAGGAUGUAGCCAAAGCCAAACUGGCAGAACUGGGUGUGUUAUCGCUGCUGAACGACACAUAAACUAUUCAGACACAAGCUCAUAUUUUCCCUCAAAUCAGUUUGUGUGUCUGUGAGUGAUCGAACAUUUUGAGCUUCACGGACAAUGGCAGCAAACAGCUCCACUAAGAGCUCAUAGUACACUAAUAACUAAUGCUGUAAACACAUCAGCAAACAUCUGUUCAUCUUUGGGUGGUUUUAUUUAUAUAAGCAGGGAUUGAUCAUGGCACCCGGUUCUUUUCUUUCUACUUUCUACACUAAUGUAACUAUACGGUGCUUUAGGAAAAACUCAGGGGUCUCUGUUGUAUAGGUUUCUGUCAAAGAAGCCUUUGAUUACAUUUGUUAAAACUGUAUUUUAAAGAAUUGUCCCAUACUUAAAAUGAGUAUGUGCGUGUGUUCAAUACACAAUAUACAUGUCCAAAUAUGUACUAGCCUGACAGGAUUGGUUUAGAAAAAGCCUCGAUGAAACAACCUCUAAACUCUACAAAAAUACUUGUAAACAUUGUUUAUGUUAAAAUACUGCAGAUAACUUUUUUGUUGUGUCAUUUAUUUUUAUAAUGUAUUUUAUUCUUUCUUACACUUUUUAGAUACUUUGUUUUAUACGUUCCACUAAUCCUGGACCCUCUAAAUGUCCUGUUAAAAAUAAAUACAGAAUAAUGAAAUACAA